AUGAACGACCCCACCACUGGCGACCCUCAAGUCCACCUAACGGAGAUCGACGUCGACCUGGACAUCCAAGAGAUCCUGCUCGCCGCCUCGCAGCAUGAUAUCCCCAAACUUCGGCGCCUUUGCCGCACACAAUCUUCGUUGCCGGACGCAGCAAACGUGAAAGACCCGGAGACCGGUUACUCGCCCCUCCAUGCCGCGAUUGCGGCCUGCGAGCCUGAUGAGGACGAGCAAGCGAACGGCACGAACAGCAGUUCUGCACCCGGAGAGAACGAGCAACUGAACUCAGGCGUUGAAACGGUCAGGUUUCUACUCCAGGAAGGUGCUAUUUGGAACGAUCUCGACAACAACAACGAGACUCCAGGCUGCCUGGCGCGGCGCAUUGGAGCGCCAGAGCUGUACGAGCUGAUCGUGGACGCCGGCGUGCGCGCCGAGAUGCUCCUGAACCGCUUGGAUGAGUACCAGGCGCUAUCAGAAGACGAGGACGAGGACGAGGACGAGGAAGAGGGUGGCGCUGGGGAGCAGCCCGACGACGCGACAGCGCCUGAGCUUGUCCAAGCCUCUACAGAACAACCUGCCGAAUCCGAAUCCACCGGUCCGACGAACCCCGAAGUGAGCAACCAGACCUAUCUCUCCUCCACCCUCUCCAUCAACAACAAUCGAAUCCUCGACUCAGACCAAAACGGCGUGAUGAUGCGCUGGGAAAGCGACAUCAUGCUGAAGUCUGCCAAGGCGCUCCUCCCCCGCCCUGGACUCAAAGUUCUCAACAUCGGCCACGGCAUGGGCAUUGUGGACUCCUUCUUCCAAGACCAGUCUCCCGCCGAGCACCACAUCAUCGAAGCGCAUCCGUCCGUGCUGGCCGACAUGAAGUCUAAGGGGUGGGACAGCAAGUCCGGCGUGACCAUCCACGAGGGCCGGUGGCAAGAUAUUCUCCCGGCGCUUGUAGGCGAGGGUGUGACAUUUGACGCGAUCUACUACGACACAUUCGCUGAAUCCUACGCGGAUUUCCGCGACUUCUUCUCCGAGCAGGUGAUCGGGUUGCUGGAGCAGGACGGCAAGUGGGGCUUCUUCAAUGGCAUGGGAGCUGAUCGGCAGAUCUCGUAUGAUGUGUAUCAAAAGGUUGCGGAGAUGGACCUCUUUGAGGCGGGCUUCGAUGUCGAGUGGGAGGAGAUUCCAGUGCCCAAGUUGGAGGGCGAGUGGGAGGGUGUGAGGCGGGCUUACUGGGUUGUUGAGAAUUAUCGGUUGCCGCUUUGUCGGUUCAUGGAUUGA